AUGAGAUACAAAGCCGGCGUAAACACAAUGUCCCCAGAGUCUAAACGGACGGAAAACGAGAAUUCUCCGGAGUCUAAACAUAAACAUAAAAUACAUAAAGCAAAGCCAAAAACUAAAACCUAAAACGAAAGAGCAUAGACCCUUAAACCAUAAGUUAGACCAACGAAGUUAGUCUUUAAUUUACAAAUUUUCAACUCAGUGUGUGUUACUCUUUAAUCUGAUCUAGUUUUUUUUAUUUAAUUGAUUGAGAUGGAUUGGUGGAAGACGAAGAAGAGUUUACGAGCCGUUGUCAAAAAGGAGAGAUCGGUCCGAGGACGCGAGAGAGGAGAAAUAUUGCUAGAAGAGCUGAUCAAAUGUUGCGAUGGCAAACCAAAUCCCAUCAAAUUCUUCUCCGCUGACCAGAUCCUCGAAGCCACCGACACUUUCAGCGAAUCUAAUCGUGCUUCAGAAUUGUUCGAUGACACUCCAUACGAUUGGUAUCAUCAUUCUGGUAAAAACAAUAACCAUCAUCAUCAUCAUCAUCAUCAAAUGAUACUCAUCAAGAAAUGGAGAUAUAGAUUUAACGAGCAAAACAGAGGAAACUUUUGUCGCGACAUAGCGAUCUCAUCGAUGGUGAGUGGUCAUAAAAACUUCAUGAAACUAGUCGGAUGUGGUCUUGAAUCUGAACAUCCAGUUUUGGUUUACCGUGCUGUAACGAAACCUUCUAAUUUAGAUCUGAAAACGUUGCUCUCAUGGAGAAAGAGAUUGAAGGUAGCUGAGGAGAUUGCAACUGCUUUAGCUUAUCUCCACACUGCUUUCACAAGACCUUUUGUGUAUAGGAUUUUGCGUCUAGGAGAUAUCUUAUUGGAUGACGAAGGAGAUGGUGGUGGUGUUGCGAAGCUGUGUAAUUUCUCACACUGUGUCUCGAUUCCACAGGGAGAAACAUUUGUUACGCUUGACUGUAGUUGUCUUGGUGGAGAUUAUGAUUACAUGGAUGAUAACUAUUUGAUCAAUGGUGUGGUCUCAGAGAAGACUGAUGCGUUUGGGUUUGGGAUUUUUAUGCAAAAGCUUUUGACUGGAGAAGAAAGAUUUCGUGAGUUGCUAACUUUAGAAAACAGAAAGUUUCCAAAUUGGUUGUCAAGAUAUAUUGGCGAAGGGAGAAUUGAUGAGAUUGUUGAUACAAAGAUGUUAGAGAAGAUGGGUGAAGUUACAGAUGAAGAGCGUUGUCGAAUGGAAGCUUUUCUUGUUCUCUCGGAAAGAUGUAUUGGUCGUAGAGGGGAAGUUCCAAAAAUGGUGGAAGUGGCCAAGGAACUUAAAAUAUUAUUCCGGUGAAACCCUUAUCGACUCUGCCCAAAACAUCGCUUCCUCGGUUCUUCAAACAGACGAGACUUAAUCGCAUUUGUACAUCAGAUACUUGCAUGCCAAGUGUUCGACGAAAUGCUUCAAUGUGUUAAUCUGUUCCUUUUGUUAUAGAUCAUAAGAUAGAUUUAAAACAAAUUUCUUUAAGUUUGAAACAGAUUAUAAAGUUUUACUUAAAAAAGAUCAGCAAGUUUCAUUUUUCUUCUCAUAAAAUCAUAAAUUUCUAACUGUU